UUAAUAUUCCAAAUAUCGUUUUUAAGACCUGGCCCAUUGUUGUUCGAACAUUUUUGCAACGACUUAUUAGUUUGAGUACUUUGCUGCUGUAGUGUACGUGGACACGUGGCCAGAUUAUUCUUGUUAAAAGUUUUACAUUAAAAAAAUGAGGGAAGUUAUUUCUAUCCAUCUUGGUCAAGCCGGCAUACAAAUUGGGAACUCCUGUUGGGAACUUUAUUGCUUGGAGCAUAAACUGGAUAAAAAUGGUUAUUUUAGCAACAACCUUGAUUCACAGGAUGAAAGCUUCUGCACAUUCUUUUCAUCCACGAGCAGUGGCAAACAUGUACCAAGAUCAAUAUUUGUAGAUUUGGAACCGUCGGUUAUUGAUGGUGUACGUCAUGGUCCAUACCGAGAACUCUACCAUCCAGAACAACUUAUCAGUGGUAAAGAAGAUGCUGCUAACAAUUAUGCAAGAGGUCAUUAUACGGUUGGAAAAUCGAUAAGUGAUCAGGUUUCCGAUCGAAUCAGAAAAUUGGCUGAACAAUGCACGGGCCUCCAAGGAUUUUUAGUAUUUCAUUCGUUCGGUGGAGGAACAGGUUCAGGUUUUACAUCAUUGCUUAUGGAACGGUUGUCAGUGGAUUAUGGUAAAAAAAGCAAAUUACAAUUUGGGGUGUAUCCUGCGCCAAAUCAAUCUACAGCAGUUGUUGAACCCUACAAUGCUAUUUUAACCACUCAUUCCAACCUAGAACAUUCUGACUGCGCAUUUAUGGUAGAUAAUGAAGCUAUUUUUGAUAUUUGUAAUCGACAUUUACAAGUAUCCUACCCAGGCUAUAAUAACUUGAACCGUUUGAUAUCUCAAGUGGUUUCAUCUACUACAGCCUCAUUAAGAUUUGAUGGUUCCAUGAACGUAGACCUUACGGAAUUCCAAACAAAUCUUGUUCCAUUCCCCAGAAUUCAUUUUCCACUUGUCUCCUACGCGCCAAUAAUAUCGGCUGAAAAGGCUUUUCAUGAACAGUUUACAGUGGGAGAAAUUACAAACGCUGCUUUUGAACCUGCGAAUCAAAUGGUUAAAUGUGAUCCACGAAAAGGAAAAUAUAUGGCAUGUUGUUUACUGUAUCGAGGAGAUGUCGUACCAAAAGACGUAAAUAGUGCUAUUUCCGUAAUAAAAAACAGAAAAAGUAUUCAAUUUGUCGACUGGUGUCCUACAGGAUUUAAAGUGGGCAUUAACUACCAACCCCCUACAGUUGUACCUGAAGGAGAUUUAGCCCACGUUGGUCGAGCUGUUUGUAUGAUGUCUAACACAACAGCAAUCGCUGAAGCAUGGUCUAAACUCAAUUAUAAAUUUGACAAGAUGUAUGCAAAAAGGGCGUUUGUUCAUUGGUAUGUUGGAGAAGGCAUGGAAGAAGGUGAAUUUACUGAAGCUCGAGAAGAUUUGGCCGCUUUAGAAAAAGAUUACCAAGAAGUGAAUGAAGAUACACCGGAUUUUGAAGCAACAAGUGAAGUAUUUUAAUAUUAUUUAUUUAGUCUUUAUGUUAUAGUUUUGUUAUUUGCUUUUAUGUUAUUGUAUUUCAUUAUAUUAUUAUUUUAUACUAUCAUUAAAUAAAUUUUAACAUUAGUAAAAAAUUUAUACUUGGACUAUCUGCAAAAUUUUUUAAAAUUAUAUAUUUUUCUAUAUGUGCUAAUCUAUAAGAUGUUAAAUUUUGAAAUUUUACAAACUAAUAUGAGUAAACUAGUAUUGUUAUUAAUUAUUAUUAAGCUGCCUAUACAUAUUUGUUAAAGUUUAUUUUCCAAUAUUAAAUCUUUUUAAAUU